CCGAGCGCGAGCAUGAAUAAGAGAAGGAAAGUCUCAUAGAUUUUUAAGAUGGGGGCCGAAGUAGUACCAAAGCACAAAUGGACGGCGGCUCCGAGGCCAUUCUGCCCACUAUCAACUACUACUAGUAUUACCCGUCGUCUUCCAACUUCUACUUCCUCCCCUCACCUUCCCCCCUAUUCUAGGCACUACUGAACUUGUAGUAUACUCUGCUGUUAGUAGUAUGUUAUACUCCAUUCCGCAACCGGUGGAGAACUGACACUGCAACACCGGCUUCAAGUCGCGCAAAUCUUUCUUGUCUUUCCGCAAUUCACGGUGGCCGGUUAUGGCCUCCUGGACGCGGCCCAUGGCGCUCUCCUCGCCCGACGAUCCCAGCUCCCCCCUGUCCAUCUCGCCUGACAAGACCGCCGUGCUCCUAAUGGACUAUCAGAACUUCCACAUCACGAAUCUAGGCGAUGCGGGAGCCAGCGUGGUCAAGAUCGCGGCGCAAAUGCGCGACUGGGCCCUGGCUCGCGGCAUGUCAGUCUUCCACUGCUUGGUCGACACGGGUCCCGAGGCGCGUCCGCCGCCUUGGAGCAAGAUGGCCAUGAAAUGGAAAAUGCACUAUCAGGACAUGUUGACGAAUGCCGCCUGGCUGGGGUGGGAGGCUGAGUCGGUCGCACCCAAGGGAAAUCAGGGCGGCACAGCGGGCACCGGUACUGCUCCAGCAGGUGGCAGUAUGUCAUUGUCGGCCGACCAGAACCAGCCUCGCGAGUUGACCGUGCUGCGCCAGCCUGGAAUGCUAUCUGCUCUUGAGUCGCGAGGCCUUUUGGAGAUACUGCGGGCUCGUGGAGUCAAAUCACUCAUUCUGUGCGGCAUAGCUACGUCUGGCUGUGUGCUGAGCACGGCCCGCGCCGCCACCGAUCAGGGAUUCAUUGUGACGGUGGUGGAAGAUGCUUGCUUCGACCCUGUCCCUGGCGUGCAUACCAUGGUUGUCACACACCUGUUGCCUGUCACUGCGCAUGUUGCUACAUCUGGUGAGGUUAGGGAUGCGUGGAUGGUAUUUUGAAUGGGAUUGGAGUCAUCAGAGUAUUCACCAUGUCGGGUAAAGCGUUUGGGCGUUUCAUGCUCUGACUGAACGUGCGAGGCAGGCGAGGCUCAUGUGCCACACCUCAAUUCCAUGGGCACGAAAGGGUAUUUUGCAUCGUUUCAUGAGUUCCAGAUGACCGUUUCAGGGAUGAGAUCAGUUUGGACCUGGACAGGAAUGGCCCCUCACACGAAUGCGAAAAAUGCAAGGCUGGCCCUUUUUUUCUGAGUCAUUUAGGCAACGCUAAGUAUCACGUCUGAAUAGUCUCGUACAGGAUGUGUCGGAUACCACCCGAGGCAAGGAAAGCUGCCCAUUUGUUGAACGAGAUGCUGCGCUUUGUGGGACGCGAAUAUUGAGAUUGUGGAUGACCCUGGUUCGCCAGGCAAAUGGCGCUUAGGUCUCGCCAGCCUCACAAGUGACGUGCUCGGCUAGGAACGAACCACGGCCAAGUCGGCCCGUCAUAAACUGGCCCCAAAGAUUCGCUUGCCUGGCCCCAUAACCCGAGUCCUGCCAGAAGGUCGUGUUCAGGUCACAACUCACGGUCAAGGAGCCAGGAAGUUUCAUCGCGUUGUGUCAAUGUCGUAUCAUUCACCAAAGUAUGGUCGGCGUCCUGGUGGACGAUGCAGCUCUGACACAGCGCCUCUGCAAACGAGGGGCCAUGAAACUUCGAGAUGCAGCCCAGGCGCUUGGACAAACUUGCGCGUGUAAGACACCGGAUGCUACGCAAUCCCGGUCACUUCCAAU